AUUGGCGGCACAGAGGAGUAUAAGAUCUGCCAGGGCAUCAAGUCAGGCAGGAUCACCAAGCCUGUGGUGAGCUGGUGCAUCGGGACCUGUGCCACCAUGUUCUCCUCAGAGGUGAGUGUGAUGGGCAGCGUGGAGAGUGUUGUGGGGGGGGGGGGGGUUAAAGGUCAUUGGAUUGAUAUCACAGAGACUUGCAGGGCAGGCAUACUGUAAGAAAGGGUCUGGUUAUAGGGUUUGUGACUGUUUCCUAUGAUAUGCUGACCCAGUCUGUCACCUGUAGGUCCAGUUUGGUCAUGCUGGAGCGUGUGCCAACCAGGCCUCAGAGACAGCCGUGGCCAAGAACCUGGCUCUGAAGGAGGCCGGAGCCUUCGUACCUAAGAGCUUUGACGAGCUGGGAGAUGUCAUCAAGUCAGUGCAGAAAAUCACACAAUGAUAUGAUUAGAAAAACAUUACAUCCAAGCCGCAACAUAAAAUGUACAGUUUAGUAAACGUACAAAAGCACUGUUAUGAAAUUGAACUUUCUCAUGUACAGAUCAGUGUAUGACGACCUCGUGGGCAAAGGAGUCAUCGUUCCAGCUAUGGAGGUGCCCCCUCCCACAGUGCCAAUGGACUACUCAUGGGCCCGGGUGAGUAAUGCCAACCAGUCAGUGCCACGCUGGCACAUGUCCCCUGUGAGUUAGCGGUGAAUCAGGAUCUCUUAUUGGCUCUGGACAAUGCUUCCAUAUAAGGCAAACUUCACCGAACCGCAUCAGACUGUGUUAAACUGAAACAGAUGGAGAGCAAUAGGAGGGUACGGUGACUCUCUCUCUCCCCCUCUCUCUAACCAUCUGUGCUGUAGGAGUUGGGUCUGAUCCGUAAGCCAGCCUCCUUUAUGACCAGUAUCUGUGAUGAGAGGGGCCAGGAGCUUAUCUACGCUGGAAUGCCCAUCACUGAGGUGUUCAAGUCAGAGAUGGGCAUGGGAGGAACCCUGGGACUGCUCUGGUUCCAGAGGAGGUACGCUUCUAUCCCCCAAAACGCUCAAUAAUAAUAAUAAUAAUACAAAUACUGUUCACAUAAAACAUUAAACAUACUCUAUCAUAAUUGAAUUAAAUUACAAUUCUAUGUCUCUGUGUCCUCCCUCCUCCUUGCCCCAAGGCUGCCCAGUUAUGCUUCCAAGUUCAUUGAGAUGUGUCUGAUGGUGACUGCUGACCAUGGUCCUGCCGUGUCUGGUGCCCACAACACCAUCGUCUGUGCCCGCGCUGGCAAAGACCUUAUCUCCUGCCUCACCUCUGGCCUGCUCACCAUCGUAAGACCGUAGUCAAGUCAACCUCUACAUACUUAGGCCCACUCAAACCAGCAGAGGAGCCUCUUCUGAAGACAAUGCCUCUGUUUAAAUAAAUAAUUCAUUGAGCUUUGGUAGUCAAAGUGUGUCUCUAUUUGAGUGUUUCUUUCUGUGUGUGUGAUUUCCAGGGGGACCGGUUCGGAGGGGCCCUGGACGCUGCAGCCAAGCAGUUCAGCAAGGCGUUUGACAGCGGCAUGCUGCCAAUGGAGUUUGUCAAUAAGAUGAAGAAGGAGGGCAACCUGAUCAUGGGCAUCGGACACAGGGUCAAGUCGGUGAGCACUGUCCCUGUGUCUCCUUUUUGGAUGCCAUGUGUCCUUCAUGUUUUUCACUGUGCAAGUACUUUGUGUGUGUGUGUGUGUGUCUGUGUUUUCAGAUCAACAACCCAGACAUGCGGGUGCAGAUCCUAAAGGACUUUGUGAAGAAGACCUUCCCCUCCACCCAGCUGUUGGACUACGCAAUGGAUGUAGAGAAGAUCACCACAGCCAAGGUACUAACCCUGUCAUCCUCUCCUGCAGCCUUUAUCACCCUACUGGGAUCAUCUGUUCUAAACCAUGUCUCUGCUGCGGUUUCAGAAACCCAACCUGAUCUUGAAUGUGGACGGUUUCAUUGGAGUAGCAUUUGUGGACCUGCUCAGGAACUGUGGUGGAUUUACACGGUAGGCUAGCUAGCUAAUGCUAUUAAACUCCAGUCAAUUACAUUCUGUACAUUGCAACUAUACUACUGUGUCUGGGUCAGCCGGCUUUCCCUUUUGUUGUCCUUAGCCUACAUUCAGUGUUGCAUUAACUCACCAUUGCCCCCUGAUGUUUGUCCCCCCCCCAGGGACGAGGCUGAUGAGUUUGUGGAGAUCGGAGCGCUGAAUGGAAUCUUUGUCCUGGGGCGGAGCAUGGGCUUCAUCGGUAAGUCGGGGGUCAGGGGUCAUGACCCUGAUGAGUUUGACCCCUAGAAAUUGUCAUGGGAAGGGGCUGUGGUGUAAGGAUCAGGGGAUACGGAAUAUGAUAUUGCUAAAAUUGGAACCAUACCUAAAGCUAUAUUUCUACUUCUCCCUCAGGACACUACCUGGAUCAGAAGAGGCUGAAACAGGGUCUGUACCGUCACCCGUGGGACGACAUAUCCUACGUUCUCCCCGAACACAUGUCCAUGUAACCAUGGAAACCAGGCCAUGGACCCCCCCCCAUACCCCAACCAGUUACCCCACCACCGCACCCUAACCUCCACCCCCACCUGUACUGUGUUCUGUCAGCCCCAAGUGGUGGGAGAGAAAAAAAUGGGGACUGAUAUUAUUAUUGAUGUGGCUUUGCAACAGUAAUAAGGACAACCCUUUUAAAAUUAAUACAGUUUUAGUUUUUUUUUUAUCAGUUAGCUGAUCAAACAUGCUGCAACCCCGUUAAUAAUAGCAAGGCCUGCAAAACUGUGAAGCCGCAUUCAGACAGGGUGUCUAGAGAGACCAAGCAAGCUGCAGAGAAUGAGAAAUGAGCCUCAUUCAUUGAUUGACCCUUAACCCUAUAGUUUGGGGAAUGCAAUUCAUCCAAUUCAACUCUUCCCAAGAUUACCUCUAGUGGUACAGAUGAUUGUCUUCCCAUUUACUGCCAAUACUACUGCUGUUACUACUACUACUAUACUACUACUAUACUACUCCUAUGCCUAUAGUGAAGUACGUUGAGACUGUAUCUCCCACUAUCAUCUCUCUCCGUAAACCAAGCAUGUGUCUGUGUAUAACAGACUGUUCCUGUGUGUCGCUGUUCAAUUCUCUUUCUUGAGCGUGUCGGUGCCAUAUUAAAAUCAUAUGCUUUAUUUAUGUAUAGAUGUAUUAACAGCGGACUAAAUAAAUGUAAUAAGAAUGUAAUAGAUAGUAUCAGCAUUUUUGAUGUACUGUAAAUGCCCAUGAAGCGGUUGUGUUUAAACCGUAAGAUAUGCCGCUGACCAAGCAGAGAAAAGCUCUUCCUGUGUCCCAACCAGGACGGUGCCCAGGAUGGCAAAGGGACCAUAGAAUGCAGCAUUAUUUAUCUGAAUGUUACUAGCUAGACCAGAUCCAUUGUGACCGGCUAUUUCUCGAAAGAUGUAUCUGUCUGUACUAUUUGUGUUGUCAUGUCAUCACAAUUUUUAAAACUUUGUUUGACCUAAUGUGAUGUGAACUGAACGUGCCUCUGUAGAGAUGGGUUGUAAUAUAUUUUCAGAACGGUGUGACUGAGUAUAUUAAAGAUGACCUAUUGGAACACAACUCUGUCUGGUUCUUCCAGUGUUGCGGAUCAUAAAAGUAAUGUGGUAUAUAAUCAGCAUUUAAUUGUUUCACUGUGUCAUGCUCCAUCCAUCAGUUUAUUAAGUCAUUGGUUUAAAAAUAGAUUAAUUUAUGAUAUCAUAUCCAAUAACAACAGAUGAAAUGAUGUAGUGAGCUAUUAGGGCUCAAUUCUUCGUUUUCUCAAACAGCCAGUGCAUAUGUGUAAGAUCAUGUAGGUCUACUAGACUACUAUAGAGCCUAUUCUUCAGACCUCAGUCCACCUGUUCUAUGUGCUCUGGGGCUGUCAUUUCUGUACAUUCAUGGCAAAGUGAUUACUCACUUAUGUAACAGAGUGGGACUAUGUACUGGCCUUGCCCUUAUAUAAGAAAGAACAUCCAUCACAUGAAAAGAUUUAAAUGAAUGGAACCAUCUAUAUGUAGCUUCCAUUCAGUUCAUUCAAAGACACCCACUCAUAGAAGGUGAAUUGAUGUUACCCUACUUUGGCAGAGAACGCUGAGGUGGAACAAGCACAAAAGCUUAUCCUGUCAGCCACAAGUGAGUGGGCGGGGCUUUACGUCACACGCCGAGCAGUAACGCCUUGCAUCCACUGCGCAUGUCAGUCAUUCCGUCUGUGUUUUGAGUGUAUGUAUGUGUGUCUGCGUGUGUGUUCUUUCCCACACGAGUUUACUGCAGUUCCGAAUUCUCACAACCACCGCCAGAAUGGCAGCUGCAGCCCCGAACCCAGACGACUCUAGCCGGGGUAGUAGCGGUAGCAGCACGCCCAGCGUCAUUGUCGGGGACGGGGACACGGAAGAGGGUGAGGAUUUCACCUCCUCCUCCCACUGCACAGAGCUGUCUCGGCGGCAGAACGAACAGAGGAAGCAGGGAUUGUUCUGUGACGUGACGCUGGCCUUCAGCAGUGGGGUGGCAACCGGGAAUGUUCAGAGCUGUGAGUUUUCUGCUCACCGUUCUGUACUGGCCGCGGCUACGGACUAUUUCACCCCGUUGCUGGGAGGGCAGUUCUCCGAGUCGCUGUCGGGUCGGGUUGAGAUGAAGGAAUGGAGCGCUGAAUUGGGACCAGACCCGGAGACGGUGGAGAGCGUCAUUCAGUACAUGUACACGGGAGAAAUACGUGUGAGCACCUGCAAUGUGCAUGAAGUGUUGGAGCUUGCUGACAGGUUUGUUUUCAAUUUACAUUAGUGUUCCUUUAAUGUGCAUAAUCCAUUUAAUCGCCACUUGCUAGUACUUGAAUAUUUUGUAUGUAGUUCAGUGAUAUAAUAUUGUUGUUUUGGCUUACUGGAGGUGCCACUGAAGUAUAUUGGUAAGGGUUAAGGUUAGGUAGGGCUUGAGGUUAGCGUUUAGGAUCGGAACGUCCCAUAGAUCCCAGAUAGCACUGACCAUCCUGUAAACUGUCAAACCUGAACUUGAGUGUAGUGAGUUCAUGGGUGUCAUGUUUAUUUUUUUCCUGUUCUGUUAUCGAUUGUGUGUUUGGCUGCAGGUUCCUGCUGCUGCAUCUGAAGGACUUCUGUGGGGAGUUCUUGAAGAAGAAGCUGAGCCUGGCCAACUGUGUGGCCGUGCACAGCCUAGCCCACAUGUACACCCUGGACCAGCUGGCUCUGCGGGCCGCAGACAUGAUCCGACGCAAUUUCCACAAGGUCAUCCAGGAUGAGGAGUUCUACACCCUGCCCUUCCACCUGGUGAGGGACUGGCUGUCUGACGCAGAGAUCACCGUGGACGCGGAAGAGGUGUUGUUUGAGGCUGUGGUGAAGUGGGUCCAGAGGAACACAGAACAGCGGGGGAGGUACUUUGAGGAGUUGUUCCGUAUCCUCCGGCUACCCCAGAUUAAGCCCACCUAUCUGACGCGCGUGGUGAAGAAUGAGGCACUGGUGGCGGCCAACGAGGCCUGUCUCCGUCUGGUGUCCGAUGCCGUGGAGGGCCACGCCAUCCGCUGUGAGAACCUCAAGUCAGCUGACCUGGAGUUCUGGUCGUCCUACAUGGCCUCCUUCCAGCCGCGCUUUGGCCAGAACAUGGACGUGAUCAUGGUGGUGGGCGGGGUGUCAGAGGGCGGUGACUACCUGAGUGAAUGUGUGGGCUACUUCAUCUACGAAGACCGCUGGGUCAACCUGCCCCACAUCCACAACCACCUGGAUGGCCACGCCAUCGCCACCACAGAGUCCCACGUCUACGUAGCGGGCUCCAUGGAACCAGGCUUCGCCAAGACCGUGGAGCGCUACAAUCCCAACCGCAACACCUGGGAACAGGUGAGCAACCUGACCACACGUAAACACUCCUUUGGUCUCACCUGUAUCAAAGACAUCCUGUAUAGCAUCGGUGGCCACGGCAACUUCAGCCCGGGCUUCAAGGACGUGAGCGUGUACGAGCCUGAGCCGGACAAGUGGCACAACCUGGAGUCAGCGCCCAAGAUCCUGCGGGACGUGAAGGCGGUGAGUGUGGAGGACCGUUAUGUAUACGUGAUGGCGCGCACGCCGGUGGACACGGACAACGAGGACGGGCUGAAGACGGUCACCACGCGUUACGACACAGAGAGCCGUCAGUGGCAGGACGUGGACUCCCUGCCGCUCAUAGACAACUACUGUGUGUUCCAGAUGGCCGUGGCCUCCACCAACUUCUACCACACAGCCUCCUGCUGCCCUAAGAGCUACACGGUGCGGGACGAAGACGCCAAGCAGAAGAUCAGCGCCCACAUCUCAGACGAGAUCCUGGAGAGCCUGCCGCCCGAGGUCACCAGCAUCGAGGGCGCCGCCAUCUGCCACUUCGACGAGGACGUGUUUGUGAUCGGCGGCUGGAAGAACAGCGACGACGUGGACAAGCAGUACCGGAAAGAGGCCUACCGCUACUGUGCCGAGAGGAAGCGCUGGAUGUUGCUGCCGCCCAUGCCCCAGCCACGCUGCCGCGCCACCGCCUGCCACGUACGCAUCCCCUACCGCUUCCUGUACGGCUGCCAGCGCUACCCUAUGCCCCAGAACCUGGCCCGCCAGCGGGACCGCAUGCAGCAGAUGCAGCAGCUCCACCGGCGCACCCUCACCCUGCGCAGGCAGCUGCAGUCUCAGAUCGAGUGCUGAACUAACUCAACCCCUGUCUGUCCAUCACAACUACCCCAGAGGGGGAGCAGCCUGGCCCGGCCCAACUCCAAACCCCAAACAUCCCCUGGCAGCCAUCGUCAUCAGCCCCCACCCAUAACCUGCUGUAGCAGUGGCUCCUAUGUUGCUCUCAUGUUGGUUCUUUUUUUAAGUGAACUCUGUGCCAGAUCAUCAGGUUGAGACUAUGGUGUUAGUAGUGACUACGGUGUUCAAGGCUGGGAGAUGUGGGAGUGAUGUGACCCUGUGCUGGCCAGGUGUUUGUCUAUGUGGAGAGGACAGGCCGAAUGUUACAAAUGUGAAUAGAGUGUUGUACAGUGACCAACAUCCGACUACACCACGUAUGUACGUCAGACACAAGGGAUGUUUUAUCUUUUUGUACGUACAUAUAGUAUAUAGUUGUAUAUGUAUACUUAUUAUAUAUAAAUAUUUUAUGUCCCCCUUCUUUUAUGCUUUUAUGGAAAAUGUAUGCACUCACU